UUGCAGCAUAACCGUGCGAGCAUGAAGGGGAGGGAAAUAAAAAGGGGAGGGAGGAGUAUGAGGGUCGGGCAUCAGACAGAGACACAGAGUGGGUGAGUAGGAUCGACGAGUCCGAGUCGAGUGACUGCAUCAAACAAAAAAAAUAACACAUAGGUGGGUUUGGGUGUGGAAUUAGCAAAAAAUGGUGAACAAGGAGAUAAUUAGUCCUCUCUCACCUUUACCACCAGCACCACCUUCACUCUCUCUCCACUAUUCCUAUUCCUAUCCAACUCCUCUAACCCUAAUCCCCAAAUUCAUCUCUUUCUUCUUCCCUCGCCUUUUCUAUUCCCUUCGCUAUUUCACUCCGACUUGUCCUUUCCACUCCGCCUCUGCCCGACAUUUUCCUCCAAAGCUCUCUGCUUUUCUUUUCCUUCGUUUUCCCUCCUUGGCUCUCCUGCUUAUCGCUAGGUUCUCGAUCUUUUUGAUCGAGGACGGCCAUCUGCAAUCGUGUUCCACCUCUGAGUUGUGGAAGAAGCAACGGAAAAGCUGUGCUAUCAUAACAAUUUUCUAAUGGAAGACUUAGGUGGUACACGGUUUGAUGGUAUUAACAAUGCUGUAAGGAAGAGAAGGAGUCAAACUAGUCGCCGGCCUCGACCUGAUUCACAACCUGUUUCUGAAGGACACGAUCUGCACCACUUGUCAUCUACAUCACCUUCUGAUGAAGUGGCCAAGGCUUCUAGUGAUGAGAAUGCUGGUUGUGAUUCUAAUUCUAAAAGAAAAGAAUUUAAUCUUAACCAAUGUUUCUCUCGAGCCUCCUCUUCUACUGCACCCGAAAAUGAUAAGUCCCAUAAGAAUAAAAAAAAUGAUGCAGGAUUCCAUGCGUUUUAUGAUAAUGAACCUAGACAGAAUGGAUUAUCUAAUAGGCGCUGCAGUGAAGGUGUCCUUGCUCCAGCUAAUUGGAGAGGCUCUAGCAAAUUGAAGGAUAGCUUGGAAUCAGAAUCAAAAUCCGGGGAUGCAAAUGGUGGAAGAAAUUUGGAGUGGCUGAAUUCGGAACAGUCAGGAGUCCCUACUGAUUCACUAGGGAAUGAAAGCAGGGUCAAGAAGGUUAAACUCAAAGUUGGUGGUGUGACACGCACUAUUCAAGCCAACUCUGUAUCUAAUGGCACAUCAGGAAGUGAUUUGACUGUAAAGAGCUCUCAGACGUCCGAUUCUUUCAAACCACGUCCAAAGCAAAAGGGAAAUUCAGAUGAGAACCAUUCUUCUUCAGAUAAGAGGAGUGGGCUUCAAGGUGUUCCAUGGAAGGAUUUCUCUAAGGGUGGUUUUGGUUUCUGGAAGGAGGAUUCUGCGAUGGGGAGAACUUUGGGGAAGAAUACAUCAGGCAACCAAGGGGACAGGUCUGAACCAGUUCGUAAGAGCAAGAGAGUACCCAAGAGAAGUGUACGGCAUGGGGAAUUUAGUGAUGAGGAGGAAGAGGAUGAUGAGAUCCGGUACUUGGAAAAGCUCAAAACUUCAAAAGUCUCUGCAGUUUAUAGAGAUGAUGAAGAAGUAAGCAAGAAACAUAGAAAACUUUCUAGUGUCUCUAAUAUGGAAAAUGCUGCCACAUUAAGGUCAGGCAAAGAUGAUAAGAAAAAGUCCAGAGCAGAUAGAAUUUUUGGGGAUACAGAUUAUGAGGAAGAUGAGGAGACCGGGUCUGAUGGAGAGCAUGAUGAGAGGAAAAAGAAAAAGCAGAGGAAGGAAUCUGUUGAUGUUUUGAUGGACAGUAAAAGGGAAAUAACUCUUACAACUCGCCAACGGGCUCUUCAGUCAAGCAAAGAUGCCUCGGCAUCUGGUUCAAGUUUAAUCGAAUUUCCUAAUGGAUUACCACCUGCACCUCCUAGGAAGCAAAAGGAGAAGCUUUCAGAAGUUGAACAACAACUAAAGAAGGCAGAGGCUGCCCAGAGGCGCAGAAUGCAAGUGGAGAAAGCUGCCAGGGAAUCUGAGGCUGAAGCUAUCAGAAAAAUACUUGGUCAAGACUCCAGUAGGAAAAAACGAGAAGAGAAAAUGAGGAAGCGCCAAGAAGAACUGGCACAGGAGAAGGCAGCCAACGCCCGAAUGCUUGCAUCAAACACCAUCAGAUAUGUGAUGGGUCCUGCUGGGACUACUGUGACAUUUCCUGAGGAGAUGGGCCUCCCUAGCAUAUUCAACUCCAAACCUUGCGGGUAUCCUCCGCCACGAGAGAAGUGUGCGGGUCCAACCUGUACAAACCCGUACAGGUAUCGGGAUUCAAAGUCAAAGCUCCCACUUUGCAGUCUCCAAUGCUACAAGGCAGUACGGGAGCAGAUGUUGCCUGAAAAUACCAGUUGAUGAUGUUACCAAGAGUUCCUCUAUCGCCGGCUUCUGCCUGUUAUAAAUGGCAUCCCAAGUGUUUAUAUCUCUCUUAGGUGUAGAUUUAGGAUGGAGCGAUUAGCAUUUUUGUUUUGAGCCCUUGCCAGAGCUCGUGUUGCGGACUGUUCCUUUGCUGUAUCAUGCAUCUUGUCUGAUGGCAUCAGAAGUUAAAUGAAAAUGAAUAGCGUUUACCUUGUUUGCAUGAAAA